UGUAGGGGAGGUCACACUCAGGAGUCAGGACUCAGCUCAAGCGCAGAGGCACUCUCCAGUCUCCAUAGAGUUCCUCCGGAACGAAAAUGGCUGCCAUGAGAGCCACCACUAACAUGAUUUUGAGAGAAAUUUUCAGUCUGUCUCGGUCUCCUUUCUUAAGAUCCGGGGCGACUUUUCGGAGGACGUCACCUCCUAAUUCCGGUGGGGCCUUUCGCCUCGCAUGCCAUGGAAUCAGCUCGGGCAGAGUCCGGUGCAUGGCGUCAGAUUCCAAUGACGGUGGAAAGAAGGUAUCAUCCCGUCUCUCGCAGGUUCAGCAGCUUCUGCAAGAAGCCGAAGAGAGAGCUCUCUCUGCCGGCAACGAGCCUAUCCCAAAAAUCACUCUAGAUCAUGUUAAUGUUAGUUUUGCAAGAAGUGGUGGACCUGGGGGUCAGAAUGUCAAUAAAGUGAACACCAAGGUAGACAUGCGCUUCAACGUUAAGAAUGCAUAUUGGCUAAGUGACCGAGUCAGGGAGAGGAUUUUGCAAAUGGAAAAGAAUCGGAUUAACAAAGAUGGGGAGAUUGUGAUUUCUUCUACAAAGACCAGAACACAAAAGGGUAACAUUGAAGAUGCACUGGAGAAACUGCAGGCAAUCAUUGACGCUGCUUCUUAUGUCCCACCUCCUCCUUCAGAAGAGCAAAAGAAGAAGAUUGCUAAACUAGCUGCAAUAGGGGAGCAAAAAAGGUUGCAGAAAAAGAAGGCUCUCUCACAAAAGAAAGCCAUCAGGAGAAGCAGAGAUAGUUGGGACUAACUGAGCAAUCAUAAGGUGGCUGUUCAAGCAAUUGAUUGAUGUAAAGUUUUAGUUAUUACAUGGAUUUACUGUGACAGAUUGUUGGCAGUCAGUAGGGUUUAAUGGGCAGCAGCGAUAAAACAGAGAAAAAUUCUUCCUCUUGAAGCAGAACCAUCAAUGUUUGGUAGCAUGACAUGAUCUUCUGUACAAAAUAUCAAUUGGCUAUACUUUUGUACGAGUCUAUCAUUCUUAUAGGAAUACAUUGAUAUACUAUACAUUUGAAAUGAAAUUAUUCCUCACUGUAAUUAGGUAACUGUACAUAAGCACCUAUUGUUACCUGCAAUGCUCAGAUACUGCAACAUUGAAAUCUUUACCACCACAUCUUUUUCAGUUUAAGUUAACGCUAUUGAUUCAUUCUACGUCUUAUAGCUUUGGUCCAAUUGGUAAAGUUAGCUUUGUGUGGUUCCAUCACUUUGGGAUUAGACAGCUUUGUGGGGUUAGCACAAAUACCGUUGGCAGAACGAACAUGAUCUGGAAUAUGUAUCACAAACUCGCUCUUGUUGCUAAAUUUACAUCUUCUAGCCUAAUGCAAGCCUUCUAAAUUGAUUUUCAGGUGGGAUAAAUAACCUAAAGCUGGUUCUAAGGUAGACUUUAGGUGAUCUAUUGGUAAUUUGGUCUGGCUGAAUUUACAGCCUCUAGCCUAAUGCUAUCCCAGUAAAUGAUUUUCAGCAGGUGCCAUAUCUGCACGUGCAGAAAUAACCUAGAGCUGGUUCAUCAUCAUCAUCCAUGUCUUAUACCAAUUAUAUCAGGACAGGAGCAACUUGGAAACCAUAUUAAACCAGACAGGGCAUGCGCAGUGGAUCCAAUAAAAGCAGAGGGCCAAACUCGGGUAGGACCUACUGAAACAAUCCCAUGUAUGGUGGGAGAGAGCCGAGUUGUGCAGGUUUUCAGCUAAAAAGCAAUAUAACAGUGCAAGAGGAAAUGAAACCCUCCCACUGAUUUUUUUGCAUACUGUACAACUACUACUUUCCAUUAAAAAUUCAGUAAGUUAUUUUCCAGGAUUUUCUUAACCUUUGUCUGACAGUGCAAGAGGAAAUGAAACCCUCCCACUGAUUUUUUUGCAUACUGUACAACUACUACUUUCCAUUAAAAAUUCAGUAAAUUAUUUUCCAGGAUUUUCUUAA